GACCCCGACAUGCACGACGACUGCCCGUUCCAGUCAGCUCCUGCGGAUUUGGACUUCGGGCGCUGCAGACUCCACUGGGAGCCCGUGUCCGUGGCAGGACUGGAUCGCGCCUUGGCCCUGGACGCCGUGCGUCGCGCAGACGCCUUGGACCUCUUCGAGGAGCUGUACUGGCUUCGGCAGAGAGCCACCAGGAUCUGCGGCAAGGUGCCGGAGUCAAACGGGAAGCGCAAGAAGGACCAGGAGGAGCUGAAGGAAGCGGUCGCGAAGAGGGACGAGGCCAUCGAUAAGCUCCCGGUGGAGUUGCAGCGCGAGCUUGGUGCCAACGUGCCGGAGCGCUUCGUGGGGCGGAGCGCUUUCAGCUUCAGCAGGCUCACCCGUUGCAUGGCCCGCCAGGGCCUCGGAGCUCUGGAGGUGGAUGUGGCCAACAGCUACUUCCAGUUCCUCGUCAAGGACGUCCUGGCUGCUGAGGAGGCCCCCUUGAUCCGCGACUACGUCUGCAACCGCGAUGCCUGGCUGGAGCGCCUCACGCAGGCAUUCCGGACGUGGCAGGAGUCCCAGGGUGCCAAGGCGACCAUCGACCGCAGUGACACAAAGCGCCUGCUCAUCGGCAUCGGCUUCGGCGGCUGCUUCGCCAACUGGUGCUCCCGUGAGCUUGGCGCCGUCUUGGAUGAGACGGACCUCGCGGAGACCAAGAGCAUCCAGGGCUUGGAGAAUGAGGUCCGCCGGGCGCACCGGCUCGUUUGGCGGCGACUGCCUGAGGCCACCCGCACGUCGCUGAAGGGGAGCAGCGGCGGCCGUGCCGCCUUCUUCGCCUACGCGGACUGGGAGCGCAAGGUCCUCGAUGCCAUGGUGACCGCCGCAGGCACAUCCUUGCUGGCCCCGGAGCACGACGGCGUCAGCGUCUUUCCUGAAGCCCGAGACCGCGUCCUGAAGGCUGCGGCCGACCUUGGGGUCCAGGUCACCGCGAAGCCGGUCCCCGACGCCGUGGAGACAGCCGCCGCUUUGCACCCGCAGUUUGACUGGCGGCUUGAGGCUCGGCUGCCCUACGGCGACUACCAGAAGCUGCGGCAGCGCUGCAAGGAGAACGUCGCCCGCGGCCGGGCGCGCGCCAACAACGGGGACUUUGCGGAUCUCCUCGUGGCCAUGCUGGAGCCGAUCAUCUACGUGCCGAACCAGCCGCACGAGAGGGCGGACACCUACGAGUACUUCGGCCCGGACGGUGCGUGGGUGGAGGCCAAGAAGGAUCACUUGGGCUACUUGAUCCGGAGCUGCCUGAAGCGGCUCUACGGCAGCAUGGAGACUCCGCCCGAGCCCCUAAACGACAUCGGCUUCGCGACCUCCUUGACUCAGGCGGUGCUGGGUGGACUGAGUGGCCGCACCUUCAAGCCGCUGAACGGGGACCACAGCCGCGGCAAGAUGCUCCUCGCCGACGGCAUCAUUGCCGACUUUGAGACCGGCGAGAUCCGACGGGCCCUCCCCCGCGACAGGAUGAGCCUGAGAGCGGCUGCCGGGUCGAAAAAGUGGCGGCCUCCCAUCGACACCGCCUUCUUCCAGCAUGUCGAGGCCUUCCUGGAGACGGGCGCCAACGAGCUGGAGGAGAGCGAGGUCCUCUACUUGCUGCGCCUGCACGCCCGGGCUCUCAGUGGCUACGCCCGCAUCUGUGAGCUGCUCUACAUGUACGGCUGUGGCAGCAGCGGCAAGGACGUGAUCUUCCUCCCCCUGCUGACCUUCCUGGGGCACGAGGCCUUCAACUACGGUGCGAUCCUGCCCGGCCGCUUCGUCACGGCCUGCCGCUCCGCCGAGGCCAACGCGGCGACUCCCUUCCAGGAGUUCAUGAAAGCUUUCUGCGAGCAGCAAGGGGCUCCGAUUUCCGGCAGGGCUUUGAACCGAGGCCCCCGCAGCUGGCGCCCGCAGGGGCUUCUCUUCUGUACCUCCAACCACGCUCCUCGCGUGCAGAACUCCGAGGACGAUGGAUGGACCAGGAGGGCGAGAGUGUGGGAGACCCAGCACCGGUUCGUCGCGAACCCUACGGGUCCUGCCGAGAGGAAGGGUGACGAUGGCCUCAAGGCCCGGAUCCAGAGUGGGGCCUUCAAUGCCGAGCUCUUGUACUUUGCCAUGGGGCUCUACGGCUCCCUCAAGGAGCGAUUCAAUCCCGGCACGAUGUUGAUCCCAAUGCCCGCGGAGAUGCGGGACGUGCAGGCUGAGCUGGCCAAGGGCGGCGCCCAGCGCUGCGCCACGGACUUCAUCGAGAGCUGCUGCGACGUCGUGGAGGUGUACCAGGAAGGCACUCCGUGGGGCGCCAUCAAGGACAUGUGCCGCGAGUUCUUGGGCUACGGACAGAGCGAGAUGUCCAAGGUCAACAUGGCGCUGACCCGGGCCAACGUCAGGCGGCACGCCGCCUGCAGCAAGAACAUCGCUCUCGGACCCAAGGGUGCCCUCCGACUGAAGCCAGA